CUUCUUUGGAAGGCAGCUCAUCCUGCCCAGCUGCUCUGCCCAAGGGCUGUGACACAGUUCCAGCCCAGCUGACCUCACAGGCUGGGGCAUGAAGGUAUGGAGAGCAGCUCUGCCAAGAAGGAUUGGGGGUACUGCUAGAAGAGAGCCUGGACAUGAGCCAGCUAUGUGCAUCGAAGGGAGAGUGCCCAGCAAAUUGAAGGCAGUGAUUCCCCACCUCUGCUCACCUGAACCUGCUGGUGAAGGUGGUGCAGCUUCCCAAGCCAUGUCCAGGACGGAGCCUCUGGGAGAUGCUGAGGGUGUGUCUGCAGGGAGGACUUCUCCAUCUCCUUUGCUGAUUCCUACACAGAAGCCUGGCUCCCAUCGCAGAGGUCCUCCACGAGCGAAGAACAAAGCUACAGGACACCAGAAAUCCCAUGAGCCAUCCGAAAACAUGAGGCAAAUGCUGAAGGAAAUGCAGCAGGCAGGAGAAGAUGAGGUUGCUGGGAAGGCUUCUCCAUCAGCUUGGAUGAAUAAAGUUUUGAAGCCCUUGGAGCCUCCUGCAGAUGUGUCUACAGGUAGGACUUCUCCAGCUUCUCCAGCUCCUACCUUGGAUGCUAUACGCAAGCCCAGCUGCCAUGGCAGGGGGAAAGUCCAAGAUACAACAGAUAAGAUAUCCCUGCAACCAUCCCAACAGAUUAGGCAAGAGCUGAAGGAACCCCUGCAGACAAGACAAGAGAUUGACAUAGUGCUUCAGUGGAAGGUGGCAAUUCUUGAAGGAAGCACUCCAUCUUCGUUGCCAGCCCCUGCUGCAGGAAAGAAGGCAAAGCCAGACAUGGGCACAGGCACAGCAGACUGGGAGGCUGGGAAGGAUUCUCCAUUAGCCUGGCGCUCUGAAGUUGUGAAGCCCUCUGGGCAUUCUGCAGGUGUGUCUGCUGGGACAACUUCACCAACUCCUACCUUGGAUGCUACAGAAAAGCCCAGCUCCCUUGGCAGGGGUCCUCCGAUAGGAGAGACCAAAGACCUGGCAGACAAGAAAUUCCAGAACCCAUUUGAAAUCAUGUGGCAAAGGCUGAAGGAAAUGCUGCAGGGAGGCCAAGAAAUGAAAGCAGAGCCUGUGCAGAUGAAAGCAUUUCCAAGAGGAAGCAGUGGUUCCAUGCCAGCCUCGGCUGCAGAAAGGGAGGCCAUGCCAGGCACAGGCACAGGAGAUAAGGUUGUUGGGAAGGCUUCUCCAUCAGCUUGGAUGAAUAAAGUUUUGAAGCCCUUGGAGCCUCAUGCAGAUGUGUCUACAGGGAGGACUUCUCCAGCUCCUACUUUGGAUGCUGCACAAAAGCCCAGCUGCCAUGGCAGGGGUCCUCCGAAAGGAGAGACCAAAGACCUGGCAGACAAGAAAUUCCAGAACCCAUUUGAAAUCAUGUGGCAAAGGCUGAAGGAAAUGCUGCAGGGAGGCCAAGUGAUGGACCAAAAGGCUGUUCAGAAGGAGGAACACCCAGGGAGAAGCAGUGGCUCUUUGGCAGCCCCAGCUGCAGGAAGGAAGGCGAUGCCAGACACGGGCACAGGCACACUCAGCAGUCCAGCAUAG